CGCCGCUCCGCCCGGCGCCUGCCUCACCGGCUGAGGGCGGGACGUGGGGCGGCGGGGGCGCGGCGCGCGGAGCUCAGGCGACGGCGGGACUACACGGUGGCCCGGGCGCUCGGCAUGGCUCGCCUGGUGCUGGGUCUGAUGAGCUGCACCUUCUUCCUGGCAGCGAAUGGUCUCUAUUCCUCCAGCGAUGAUGUGAUUGAACUAACUCCAUCAAAUUUCAACCGAGAAGUUAUUCAAAGUGCUAGCUUGUGGCUUGUAGAAUUCUAUGCUCCAUGGUGUGGCCACUGCCAGAGGUUGACACCAGAAUGGAAGAAAGUAGCAACUGCAUUAAAAGAUGUUGUAAAAGUUGGUGCGGUUGACGCAGAUAAACAUCAGUCUCUAGGAGGUCAAUAUGGCGUUCAGGGAUUUCCUACCAUUAAGAUUUUUGGCUCCAACAAAAACAGACCAGAAGAUUAUCAGGGUGGCAGAACUGGUGAAGCCAUCGUAGAUGCUGCCCUCAGUGCCCUGCGCCAGCUCGUCAAGGACCGCCUUGGGGGAAAGGGUGGCGGAUAUAGUUCUGGAAAGCAAGGUAGGAGUGAAAGUUCAAGCAAGAAGGAUGUGAUUGAGCUGACGGACGACAGCUUCGAUAAGAAUGUCCUUGAUAGUGACGAUGUUUGGAUGGUUGAAUUCUAUGCUCCUUGGUGUGGACACUGCAAAAACCUUGAGCCAGAAUGGGCUGCUGCAGCUACAGAGGUGAAAGAGCAAACGAAGGGAAAAGUGAAGCUUGCAGCCGUGGAUGCCACAGUUAACCAGCUUCUAGCCAGCCGAUAUGAGAUUAGGGGAUUUCCUACAAUCAAGAUAUUUCAGAAGGGAGAGUCUCCUGUGGAUUAUGAUGGGGGGCGGACACGAUCUGACAUUGUCUCCCGGGCCCUGGAUUUGUUUUCUGAGAAUGCCCCCCCCCCGGAGCUGCUGGAGAUCAUCAGUGAGGACGUCGCCAAGAAGACGUGUGAGGAGCGCCAGCUCUGUGUCGUGGCUGUGCUGCCGCACAUUCUGGACACCGGAGCUGCUGGCAGAAAUUCUUACUUAGACGUUCUUCUGAAGUUGGCAGACAAAUACAAAAAGAAAAUGUGGGGGUGGCUGUGGACCGAAGCUGGAGCCCAGUCGGAACUUGAAAACGCGUUGGGGAUUGGAGGGUUUGGGUACCCUGCCAUGGCGGCCAUUAAUGCACGCAAGAUGAAAUUUGCUCUUCUAAAAGGUUCUUUCAGCGAGCAAGGCAUUAAUGAGUUUCUCAGGGAGCUCUCAUUCGGGCGGGGCUCCACGGCACCUGUAGGAGGCGGGGCCUUCCCUGCCAUCAGCGCCAGAGAGCCUUGGGACGGCAAGGACGGCGUGCUUCCCGUGGAAGACGACAUUGACCUCAGUGACGUGGAGCUGGAUGAUUUGGAAAGAGAUGAGCUGUGAGAGGCUUGGCACAGACUUGAGUUUUCUUUUCUUGGGAGCAAAUUUCCCCAGCAGUGAAGGAACAUUCUUCACGAUCAGAUGAGUCUACCAGUGGCCUUUUUAACCAAGAAGUAGCACUUGAUUGGUCAUGUGAAAACACUGCAACAGUGAACUUUGCAUCUCAAGAAAACAAUGAAAAAUUCUAUGAAUUGUUGUAGCCAGUGAAAUUGGGUUGUAUUCUAUCGGGUAAUAUUUGGAGAAAAACUGAUGGGCUGUUGACGUAUUUUUCCCUCCCUCUGACUGCUGCUUGAAUGUUCUUGGAAGCUGUUUCUUACAUAUUGUUUUUUAAUGUGAUUCUUUCAUUCGAAUAUUAAUGGCUUUUUUCCAUUAAAAAAAUAAAAUAUUUUGGACAAUGCCAA